CAGUGAGCACGCAGCGCCAGCCACCGCCACCUGCCCGCCCGGGGCCGUUGUGGCCUUGCUCUUGGCAGGCUCCCGCCGCUCGGAAAGGACCCACCUCCCGAAAAUCUCGACCCGCUUUGGGCCACUGUGAGUCACGACCAUCGAGGACAGUCGGUCACCGCGGGGGGAGGCAUCGUGACGUAACUGUUUUCGGGUAGACAUUUGGUCUGAUAACGAGGAAACAAAGGGCAGCUCCGCUACCUGCGACGCGGGAUCAUUAUCUAUUACAGGAAGCAUCACGUGACCGCCGACGUCGGCUGCACCGACUAGUAUUAGACCGACUGAGCGGGAUUAGACGGCAUUAAACUAAGAAGAAGCCAGCUCGCACAUGUCGAGAGAGGACAUCGCCUCAUUCGAAGUUUGGAGGAGGGAGCUGGUGGGAGCUAGUUUACUAACAGAUCCGUUAUUCGGAUUCGCAUUGAGAAUUUCGACGUAGAGAAUCUCCGGGACCGAUAGACUUUGAAUAUACCUUUGAGUCGGUUCAUAACCCACGCCCAAGAAGAACAGCAAUGCCUAUCGUAAAGAUGGCAGAAACGUCUCGCCUCGCCAGGCUGUUGGUGGGUCGCCAUGACGACCACUCCCACGAAGAGGAGGAGGGCGGCGUGGACGACAGCGGGGUGGUGGUGGCCAAGGUGGUGGCGAUGCUGGUGCUGGGCGUGUGCACGCUCAUCCUGGGCACGCUGCCCAUGUGGCUGUCGCGGCGCCUCCACUGGGGGGCGGAGGGCGCGGGCCCGCAGAAGCGCGGGCAGGUGGCGCUGGCCCUGCUGCGGGCGUUGGGCGGCGGCGCUCUGCUCGCCACCACCUUCCUGCACAUGCUGCCGGAGACGCGCGAGGCCGUGGAGCACUUGCAGAGCGACAACCUGCUGCUCGAGACCUCGUUCCACCUGCCCGAGACGCUCGUCUGCUGCGGCUUCUUCCUCAUGUACGCGAGCAAGGGCGCGUCCCCGGCGGCGGACGAGGCGGCGGUGCACCGCUCGCUCAGCAUCCGGCGCUGCUCGGGGGCGUCGCAGGGCGGAGCCCCCGCCGCCCCCGCCGCGCCCGCCGCCCCCGCCGUGCCCUGCGGCGGCGGCGACACCGGCCUGUGCGAGGACCCGCGGCUCUACCUCGUGGCGGAGCGCGCCGACGAGUGCCGCGUGCACGCCGACUACGGCACGGUGCUGCCCAGCAAAGUGCCCGCC